AUGGAUAAUCGAUUUGAUGCUGUAAAUGAGUUCGAUCGGGGAAAAAUCGUGAAAAUGGAGGUGGACUACUCUUCGACGUGUGACGAGAAGAUUCCUCUUUGCAAGGAAAUGGCCAAAAAUGAAGCCAAAUUCCACGAAGCAAUUGAUAUUCUGCUGCAAUUGGAGAAGCAGACACGCCUGGGAGCUGAUAUGAUUUCCUGCUCACGAGUCUUGGUGGCCAUCUGUCAGAUUUGCUUCGAGGCUGGCAAUUGGAAUGCCCUGAAUGAGUACAUCUCGCUCCUGGUGAAGAGGCGCUCGCAGCUGAAGCAGUCCGUGGUUAAGAUGAUCCAGGAGUGUGCAACAUACGUUGAUAAGACACCGGAUAAGGAGACAAAGCUGAAGCUCAUCAAUACACUGAGAACUGUCACAGAGGGGAAGAUUUAUGUGGAAGUGGAACGUGCAAGGCUCACGCAGAUCCUUGCUGGGAUCAAGGAGGCUGAUGAGGACAUUGCAGGUGCUGCGGCAAUCAUGGAGGAGCUCCAGGUGGAAACUUACGGCUCCAUGGCAAAGCGGGAGAAGGUUGAGCUAAUCCUCGAGCAGAUGCGCCUCUGCCUGGCAAAGCAGGACUUUGUCCGGACGCAAAUAAUCGCCAAGAAGAUCAGUACGAAGUUCUUUGAUGAUCCCGAACAGCAGGAUUUGAAAUUCAAAUACUACGGCCUGAUGAUUCGCCUCGAUCAGGAUUCUUCCUUCAUCCGCACUUCACGGCACUACCAAGCCGUUGUGGACAGUGAGGUGAUCAGCAAUACGCCCGAGAGGAGGCAGAAAAUGAUGACAUUCGCCGUGCUUUACUGCAUCCUGUCGCCGUAUGACAAUGAGCAGCAGGAUAUGAUGCACAAUUUGUCAAAGAAGAAACUCCUGGAGGAGAUUCCCAUCUACAAGGAGCUCCUGCGUCUCUUCAUGUGCAAGGAGCUCAUCAACUUCAAGGCAGUCUCCAAUGUGUACGGCCAGGAGUUGCUUAGCUUUGAAAUCUUCAACCAAGAGACGGCACAUGGGAAGAAGUGCUGGGCUGAGCUGAAGAAUCGCCUCAUUGAGCACAACAUCCGCAUCAUUUCGAACUACUACACGCGGAUCACGUUGCAGCGCAUGAGUGAGCUCCUCGAGCUUCCGGACAAUGAGACGGAAGAGUACCUCUCGCGGCUCGUCAAUAGUGGUACGCUCACCGUGAAAAUUGAUCGCCCCUCUGGGAUUAUUCACUUUGCCGCCAAGAAAGCCCCAUCCGAUGUCCUCAACGAUUGGGCGUCCGGAAUUAAUGAACUCAUGAGUCUCGUCAAUAAGACUUGUCAUCUCAUCAACAAGGAGGAAUGCAUAAAUAAUGUCAUGAGUCCCUAAUUACUGCUAAACUUCUUCAAAUUAUAUAUCUUUUUUUGCUAAAUAAAAAACAUUGAUAAUUUU